GUGGGGUUGAUUUGGUGCAUUAUGCAUUGUGUGCAAAGGCAACAAGUGUAAGGGUAUUGCCAGGGUUGGCUGUCGCGGCUUCAAUCUAUUUUGUCAGGUGGGCGCCGCCGCCGGCCGCCAUGCUGCCCCGGCUGCUGGCGCGGCUGCUGAAGACGCUGAUGCUGUUCGCGCUGCUGUUGGUGUUCCUGCUGCUGCAACUGCACGCGCCGGCCGGCACGGUGACGCCGCCGGGCGAGCGGCCGGCACAGCAGCCGCCGCCGCCGCCACAGGCCAGCACGCCGCCGCCCACCGAGGCGACACCGCCGCCGCCGCAGCUGGCCGCCACCCUGGCGCAGCUGAACGCCGGUCAGCACGUGCGCGCGCCCGGCGGCGGCGUCGCCGAGCCGCUCAACGCCUCGGACGUGGUGGUGGUGGUGCAGGUACACACGCGCCUCGACUACCUGCGCAAGCUGAUCGAGAGCCUACGCGCGGCGCGCGGCAUCGAGCGCGCCCUGCUCGUCUUCAGCCACGACGUGUAUAACGAGGACAUCAACGCGGCCGUGGAGCAGGUGGACUUCUGUCGCGUCACGCAGGUGUUCUACCCAUUCUCGCUGCAGCUGCAUCAGCACAGCUUCCCCGGCCAGUCGAAGGGAGACUGUUUGCGGGACAUGACGCGUGCCAGGGCACUGAAGGCGGGCUGCGUUAACGCCGCCCAUCCGGACAAGUACGGCCACUACCGGGAGGCGCGCUUCACGCAGACCAAGCACCACUGGUGGUGGAAGGCCAACAGGGUGUUCGACCAGCUUGAAUUCACGCGCAACCACUCGGGGCUGUUCCUGUUCCUGGAGGAGGACCACUACGUGGCGCCCGACUUCCUGCACAUGCUGGACCUAAUGUCGGCCAGCCGGGAAGAGCGCUGCCAUCAUUGCAACAUCCUCUCACUCGGCACCUACCUCAAGGUCUACAACUACAAGGCCGACUCGGCGCGGGUGGAGCUGACCCAGUGGUACGGGUCCAAGCACAACAUGGGUAUGGCGUUCAACCGCACCACAUGGGAAAUGGUGAGGUCCUGUACCGCCAUGUUCUGCGCCUUCGACGACUACAACUGGGACUGGAGCCUGCAGUACAUCUCGCAGAGCGGCUGCACCGUGCAGAAGCUGCACGUCAUGCUGGCCAAGGCGCCACGCGUCUUCCACAUCGGGGAGUGCGGGGUGCACCACCGCGGCAAGAACUGCGACAAGUACUCGCUGCUGAAGCGCAUGUCGGCCACGCUCAAGUCGGCCAGCCGCUACCUGUUCCCGGCGCGACUGACGGCCUUCUUGACCGUCAGCCGGCGCCUCAAGCUGGUCAAAGGCAACGGCGGCUGGGGCGACCCGCGCGACCACCGGCUGUGCGCCACACUCCGCCUGCCGCCGGCGGCGCCCAGCAGCCAGCCCGCCGCGCCCUCGUGAUACACCCCGCACCGCCCUGGCGCACCACCGUGAUACGCCGCACCGGGACGGCUG